AUGCCCUCGACAACCCUCCCCGUACGCCCACUCCCCACCCAUCACCAGGGCGACGACAACCCCAUCUGCCUGCACCUCUCGCCGCUCAAGGCCCUGUGGACCAACAGCAUCCUCUGGUUCCUCUCGCACGCUCCCCCUCUCCCCGCCCUGUGCCUCACAUUCGCCUGCCAAUCCCUCAUCCCCCUCAUUCACCACCGCUCGCCCUCUUUCCCCUCCUCCGCCCUCACCUUGUUCCAACUAACCCUCUCCCGAAGGGCCCGAGACGACCUGCACGUGCUUCUAAACUGGAAGCUCAACUUUCUCACCCCCUGCAUCAACCUACACACACUCUCUCUCUCUCGGCCUCAGUGCCUGGCGCCUGGACAAGCCCUGCGUGAAGGCCCGCUGGAUGCGCUCCCUCAGGAGUCUUACCUUAGACGGUGUGGAUCCCAGCGGCGGUGGGAUACGCUGGGCCCGGUGUUCCUUGCCUUGGACUUCCCCAAUGCUCGCCGCAUUCGCUUCUGGUUCCUGCAUCAUGAGUUGAAGCUGAAGUUGUCUCUGCCUGCUGCCUUCCACACCUUCUCGGCCUGCGCUCAGUCUCUCAUUCUCAACUGCAGCAGCACCGGUGCCUUGAGCCUGGAGCAGCUGUUUCUCUAUGCGAAAGAGAGGAUCCAUGUUUCAUGGUUCGAUGUCGCCUCGGUCCGCGCUCUUUACCUGAAUGCUCCAAUCAAGCUCUUGCCGAGCGCCACACCACGCGUGCAGAGGAUGGGGCUGCAGCACGGGGAGGUCUACAACAUGCGGUCGCCGCAGUUUUCCUGGGCAGAUUGGCUGCGCGCAGUAGCGCCAACAGUGGAGGCGCUUAUAACGAGGCAUGAUAUCAACGUGGAGUCAUGCCGCCUUUCCUGGCCUCGGCAGCGCAGCCUUGGGGUUGUGGUGGAGAGCGACUGUGAUGUGGGGGGCAUGGUGUGCGAGGAGAUUACAGUGGAAGAUGCAGACGAGGGGGAGGACGAUGAAAUGGUGCUGUGGAAGCGGGAGAAGCGGAGGAUGGAGAGGAGGGAGGAAUGCAGGGAUCAGCAGAAGCACAUUUGUCGUGGCCGCACGCGCUUUCAUGCAGGCCCGUUCCGCAAACAGGUGGCUGCUGGGGCUGAUGAUGGCGACUGCUCGGAGUCUAUCUAUGUGACUGUAGCAGGCUCGGAAAGUGAGGAGGAGGAGGAGGAGGAGGAGGAGCAGCAAAACGAGUAUGCUGAUAACGAGACAGAAGGCCGGGAAGAGUUCCCAGAGCUUCCGUUUCUGGAUGCUCCGAAUCUGCAGGCUCUCUUCUUCCCAAGCCGCUGCCUGGUGCCUCCCGAACUGCUGGUUAUCCUCAAGGAUCGAUACCCCUUGUUGGAACUGUACUGUGUUGCGUGGCGCACGUUGUAUUGGGAGCGGAAGGGCCGCACGGUGGAGGGAGGGCCAAUGGAACACAUGAGGCAGCACAAGGGGACGAAGAAGAGCCCGUCAUUUCGCAACGGGCGCAAGACUGUGCGGGACAAGAUGCACAGUGUGAAUGGGGGGUUGGUGGCGGGGUAUACUCUGGGCGAGGAGGAUGCGUACAUGGUGAAUCAGAAGGACUGGACGGUGGUUUUUUGUGCUGAGGACGAGCCAGAGAUUGAGCUCUCUGAGCCGGACGCUCCCUAUACAGAAGCGGAUGACCACUGGGCGGGUGAAGAGGAUGAUGAGGAUGAUGAGGUGGAAGAAUGGGGGUAG